AAUUAAUCGUCGCAUUGUCAUCAUGUUGUUUUAUUUUAACUCCUAGUCGCAUUUAAUUAAAAAUAAAAUGGCGGAAAAGUAUCUGAAAGUUUGCGGAGAGCCUUCAAUCCCAGGGCUAGCUUUGCCCAAAGCUUUUGAAGAACUUGAGAAGCAGUUUGACUGCGUGGCUAACGUGUGUCGACUGAAAGGAUCCCACGAGUCCCAGACGACUGGCAUAUUGCUCGUCUGUCACGAGCUACAGCGUCUCUUAAGACUAUCCUUUGUUGAAAAUGGAAUAUUAGCAAGUCGUAUCGAGAUUCUCUCUCGCUAUCAAGAUGACUGCAUCAAAAAAAUGGAGAAACGUCUUAAAGAAUUUGAAACCGAACAAAAGGUCACACGGCGUUACAUACGAGCCUUGAGGAAGAGGCAAUACAAAUAUGAGAAGGUGAAGACAAGCAAAGGCAGUGAGUGGUGGAUGGUUGAUGUCACCUCUAGUGACUACGACUCUCUCUGUGCCCUCUCAAGAAUGAAUGGCAAUCCAAGCCUUGAAUUUAUGCUAAGACUCAAUCAACUUUUAUUAGAUUUUGUCAAAGACCCUUACACUAAUGAGUUGCUUCUUCCUCCAAUGGGCAGUGAAGAGAGAGCAGAGCUCUCCAAGCUGGCUUCUCUCUAUAAGCUGAGGUGUAGAUUCAAUAAGUCUACACAGGUGGCCACUUCUACACUAAUCAAAGCAAGGCAGACUUGUGUGCCAGCCUCUGGUGAAGUUGAUUUGAUACUCAAUACAUUUACUAAAAAGAUGAGAGAUGGACCAGAGUCUGAUACAGAAGCAGCAAAGGAAGGAGGAGAGAAAAGUGGAGAUGAUACUGCCACAGGCUCAUCAAUGCAAAGCAACACGGCCAACAAUAGUAAUGUGACUGAUACAGAAUCCACUCCUACUAAUACUGCUACUAAUACUGCUAGCAUGACCCCGCCUGUGAUAGGAGAUGGAGCAAAGGGAAGGAAUGAAAAUGGAGGAGUAGGAGGAAAUAUAGGGGCCAGUGGAGGAAGAGGAGGAGGGAGGGGAGGUAGGGCUGGGAAGGGAAGAGGCGGAUUAGUUGAUAAAGGUGAUGGUUUACCCUCGUACAUGCUGACACCUGUAUCUUCAAUGGGAACUGCUACCAUUACACUAGAGGGUGAGUUUAUACCAGGGGGAGGGGGAGGAGCUAACCAAAGAACAGCAAAGUCGUCUUCUCCUACAACGGACAUUGGGCAUGUUACGCGUCCAACUCCGUCCGUACGUGUCACUAAAUUGGAUAAUCGGCCGUUUGUACAGGUUGUUCCACCUCCUCAGUCUUCCUCUGCUGGAGUAGUAAAGAAGGGCUCAUCUUCAUCGUUGGAUUCUAAUACUGCAACUACCAGUCUUCCUGCUCCACUGCAAGCACCACUCUCACUCCCAUCCACGUCAUCUCCCUCCACGUCAUCAACAGCUGCAGCUUACACUAACCUCCUCACAGCGUCAGGCUCAGCUUCCCCAGCUGCUCUCCACAUGGCUCUAUUGAUGCAGUCCCAGCAGCAGCUGAGGGCACUUACUGCUCAAGUUAAUGCCGGAGGUCAGGGACUGUCUCCCCUCACUCUCCCACUACCUCCAGUUCCACCCUCUGCUCCUAUCGCCUCUCCUCCUACUAGCUUACCCAGCACUGGCGGUAUGACUGCAGGUGUUUCUACAGUACUAGCAACUCCAUUGCCAAAGUCUCUCUCUACUGCUACUCCUCCUGUUUCUGGUGGACAGCAAGGAGGAAGGAAAGGAGGAGGAGGAGGAGGUGGUGGGACAAAAAGAGAAAGUACAGCAUCUGCUGGGUCUAAUUCCAAGAGGUAUAGGAUAGGUAGCAAGAAGUCAGAGUCUGAGAAGAACAAAAAUUCAUAAUAAGGAACAUCAACGGUGAUGAGUUAUCACCACCUGACAUUUACAUUUAACCAUUUGUAUUUAAGCUUUUGUUACUCUUUUUUGUAGCAAUCAUUGCAUUUAUGAUUCAUCAGUAGUAACCUUUCAUGAUUAUUAUUUCAA